GUUGCCCUGACCCUGGCAGCUUCUACGACCCCGCUCCGGGGCUAUGGCCGGGAGCGGGCGGCUGGCGCUGCGGACGCUGCCCGGGCCGGGCUGGGUGCGGGGCUCGGGCCCGGCCGUGUUGAGCCGCCUGCGGGACGCGGCCGUGGUGCGGCCCGGCUUUCUGAGCGCGGCCGAGGAGGAGACGCUCAGCCGCGAGCUGGAGCCCGAGCUGCGCCGCCGCCGCUACGAAUACGAUCACUGGGACGCGGCCAUCCACGGCUUCCGAGAGACAGAGAAGUCGCGCUGGUCAGAGGCAAGCCGGGCCAUCCUGCAGCGCGUGCAGGCAGCUGCCUUCGGCCCUGGCCAGACCCUGCUGUCCCCGGUGCACGUGCUGGACCUGGAGCCUCGGGGCUACAUCAAGCCGCACGUGGACAGCGUCAAGUUCUGCGGAGCCACCAUCGCCGGCCUGUCCCUGCUGUCUCCCAGCGUCAUGCGGCUGGUGCACACCCAGGAGCCGGGGGAGUGGCUGGAACUCUUGCUGGAGCCAGGCUCCCUGUACAUCCUUAGGGGCUCGGCCCGUUAUGACUUCUCCCACGAGAUCCUUCGGGACGAAGAGUCCUUUUUCGGGGAGCGUCGGGUUCCCCGGGGCCGACGCAUCUCCGUGAUCUGCCGCUCCCUCCCCGAGGGCAUGGGUCCAGGGGGGCCGGGGCAGCCACCCCCAGCCUGCUGACCCCCAGCCCCUUCCCCAGCUUCUCAGAGACCCCGAGUUUGUGAAUAAAGUUGGACAAUGGACACGCUG